AUGGAGGCGACGCGACAGAAGAUCGUCAUCGCGGAGGUGAUAAACGUCACUCGCCGCAACGCAGACUUGCGUAAGCAGGUUCGCUUCCAAGGGCCUCCGAACUCCGAGAUUCCGCUCGUACCCGACAGAUGGGAGCCGUAUCAGCGCAAGUACAUCUACACACACGGCUGGGAGGAGCAUGAGAGGUCGACUGGGAAGAGGACGUCGCACAAGCUCCGCCGCACGGACUGUCCGUUUCAGAUGCUAGCUCAAGUCGUCAUGCGCCGAGAUGGAACGUGGGGCAUCGUCAUGAAGCGCGAAGUCUACAGCCAUAACCACCCCAUUUCCGACAGUAUCUACAGGUCUUAUCCAGAUAUUCGCCAGGUUCCCGCGGGCUCUGCUCUGAUGCCGGACAUUGAGCUGCUAGUCGACGCCGACGCUGGGACUUCAAGCAUCUACAACUACAUUUGUGAGAACUCCAACCACCGCGUCACAAUGGACGACGUUCGAAACCUGCUAUCUGACGACGACUCAGUGGCGGAGAUGAUCGUGAAUUUCAACUUGGAGUCGCCACUGAACGUGUCCUCGGUGCAUGAGAACGCGCACGGCGAGACUGGCGUGAUAUCCUUCACGAGCGGUCAUAUGCGCGCUAUGCUGGACAGAUUCCGAGAAGUGAUUCAAAUGGACUGCAUGCAUCAGACCAACCAGUGA